AUGACAACGACCGUGGAAAUUGAAACAGAAAAUCCCCUGAAACUUUCUGUAAAGGGUGUUCAGGGGACUAUCGACGAUAAGUAUGUGGGGAGGUUGCGACCUAUGGGCAAAGAUACCCCGCUGCCAGAACUGAGGAAAAGACUGGAGGACGAUGGAUAUCUCUUUCUUAAACAUCUUAUACCACGUCAAGACGUUAUGGAUGUUCGGAAAAGCUACUUUGAGUACUACGAAAGUCUCGGGAUGCUUCAACCAGGUACUUCGCCGGAGCAGGGUAUCUUCAACAGAGAAGCCGUACCUAGCGACCACGCUGGCAUUGGUGCCGGCCUUCUUCCACCGAACGAGGCCGAGCAGCACAGAAUGAUCGCGUCACACAAAAAUACGGACUAUCUGAGGUUCCUUGAGCAUCCAGUCUUGCGUCAAAUGGUAAGAGACCUCACUGGCUGGGAGGCAGAUAUUCUUCUCCAACGGACAAUGCUGCGGCAUAACAUUCCCGGCGGCUUGAGCACGGGCGUUCACUACGAUAAGCUGUUUCUGCGGGGAGGAUCUGCUUACUUUCUUACUGCAUGGGUCCCGAUCGGCGACAUUUCCCUUAAUGGAGGCGGCCUAAUAUAUCUUUCAGACUCUAUUUCGUUGGGUCACUCAAUGGAAGAAGAUUUUGCCGCACGCGCAAAGGAGUUGCCCGAGGCAGAACGCGUAUCAGCCUUCAAUGCUCAUAUGGGCGAAUUUGGCCAGCUUUCGGCCAACGCUGGAGAAUUCCAUCGCGACCAAGCAGGUGGAAGAGGUCAAUGGCUCGUGAGUGAUUUUGAGGCAGGGGAUGUUGUUUUUCACGAUCCGUACACGAUACAUGGAAGUAGUCGCAACGAAGACAAAGAUGGAAGAAUUCGGCUCAGCACAGAUCUUCGUUUCUAUGAUCCUAGCAGUGAUUAUGAUAAGAGGUGGAUGAAGUACUGGGAGCCGGGCGAUGGGCUAUAA